AUGCAAUGGGGGAGGGGCACGGGUACAUAAGAGGAUGUGCGCCUGUAAUCACAGGAUCAGAAGCUAUUUGUCUCUUGCCAGGUGUGAUCUCUAGCUGUGGUGAAGAUGAAGCUAAUCCUUGCAAUCUCUGUGGUGAUCAUUGCACUCACUGUGUUAGCAGGGCCCAGCUCUGCUGAAUCAGAAGAGUCACCAGUGAAAGAGAAGUUUGAUUCUAUUGUAACCUCAAUCAAAGGAGCUGCAAAUAAAGCUCAAGGACACCUCAAGAGUGCAUAUGAACGUGCUCGUGACAGUGAAUUUGGUACCAAAACAAGGGACUUUUUCAGUGACUUGGGCAAGAAGAUAAAAGACAAAUUCUCCAAGAAAUAAAGCAAAUGAAUGGUUGAUUGAGAGAACAAAGAAUCAAUGAAAUUUCCCCAAAUACUGUAGCAAGCUCCUCUGCCAGAGCAAAGCUAGAAUUCUAUGAUUCAUACGACACUAAUAAACAAUGUUUCCAAAGUCA